AUGAUAAGUUCGUACGAGUUAUCUGGCUGUGGUCGAGUGUUAGUCGAAUAUCGCGCCGCAUCCGAUAGGUGGUUUAUUAAUUCCAGGAUGGCGAAGCAAACAUGCAACAGAUGUAACAAGCAAGUUUAUCCUACCGAUAAAGUUGGUCCACUUAAGGAUUCAACAUUUUUCCACCAGGGCUGCUUCAAGUGCUAUAUUUGCGGUACUCGAUUGGCGUUGAAGACCUAUUGUAACAAUCGCAGCGAUCAAAACGAUAAGGAAGUCUACUGCGCCAAUCACGUGCCUAUCGCAGGCCCACACGACCUGCCCCCAUCACGAAGCAAUGGAUCACCAAUAGAGAAUGGGACUGGAAAGAGCAGCAACUCAUAUAGAAGAGAUGCCGGCCUGGAGGAUAUGAAAAUUGCACAUGCUAUCAAAGCAACACAAGUGGCUAAACCAUAUCCAAAAAUCAUUCAUGAAGGAGCCCAUUAUGCAGUGGACUACGACGCACAGACGCGUCUUGAGUUGCUUCAUCGACGAGCCGAGGAUCAGUUGUAUGAAUCGUUUCAGAACCAGAGAACUAAGGAAAGCGAACAGUUUGAAACAGAAACCAGAGAGGAAUGGGAACAGGCAUUAGCGGAUUUUGCACGAAAGUACGAAAAAGGUCAAGCCAACAUGCGUAACAAGGACGAUCUGAUACGCCAACUAACUAUCAAGAGGGAGAAAAAACUGGAAACACUUCACAACAAACGAAGGGAACGCGAGCGUCACCAGACUGCUGAAUUAGUAGACAGGCAAGCGCGUGAGAUGCUGGACUUGUUCAAGCAGGCCCGAUCAGAACAAGCAAACAGCUCGUACAAUAGCUCAGUUUAUCCUUCAACACCUCCACCGCCUCAUCCGCCUUCAUGUAGUAAACGUGAUAUCUACACAAGUACCGAGUAUUUUUCGUCAAUCGAUGAGGUGGCGAUUCAUUGUGCACGUAGCGAAAUGACGACGUUCACUGACUUGAUUCGAGCGCUGAUAAGCGGAGCGAGGAACGACGUCGAUAUGGCGCGAGCUAUUUAUCGCUGGAUAACCAUUAAAAAUUUGAAUACGAUGAUAUUCGACGAGUCGAUCGAGAACGAUACACCGAUGGGUCUGCUACGUGGAAUCAAAUAUGGUACCGAGAGCUAUCACGUGCUCUUUAAGCGGCUAUGCAGUUACGCAGGAUUACACUGUGUGGUGAUCAAAGGCUACUCGAAGUCGGCUGGCUAUCAGCCUGGCUACUCGUUUGACGACAAUCGUUUCAGAAACACAUGGAAUGCCGUUUAUCUCAGCGGGUCGUGGCGAUUCGUACAAUGCAACUGGGGAGCUCGUCAUCUUGUAAACGCCAAGGAUAGUGAGAACGAAUAUCGUAAUGAUGGUAAUCUUCGCUACGAAUAUGACGAUCACUACUUCAUGACAGAUCCUGAGGAGUUCAUAUACGAGUUCUUACCACACGAUCCAAAUUGGCAACUACUGAAACGACCGAUCACCCUGAAACAAUUCGAGCGAAUUCCGUUCGUGAGAAGUCUCUUCUUCAAGUAUGGGCUAUCGUUCGUAGAUAAUAAGCUGGAAAGUACUCUCUAUACCGACAAGACAGGUGCUACUUCGGUAGCUAUUAGGCUACCAGAAAAAUAUGGUGACAAUCUGAUCUUCCACUACAAUCUCAAAUUCUUCGACUCUGAAGAGAAUACCUUAAAUGGAUUGUCUUUGAAGCGAUUCGUUAUGCAGUCAGUAUCGAACGGGGUCGUGAUGUUCCGUGUUCAUGCUCCUUCUACUCGACCACUUCUGUUGGACAUCUUCGCCAACAGCGUCUCCUCUGCACAUUAUCUUACUGGACAACCGAUUAAGUUCAAGAGUGUUUGCAAAUUUAAGGUGGUUUGUGACUCCUUGCAAGUGAUUAUGGUGCCGCUGCCGGAAUGUGCGUCCGGAGAAUGGGGUCCGGCCAAAGCCACACGAUUAUUCGGCUUACGACCGAUCUCACACUUCGACGCGAUUGUGAACGCUGGACGAAGCGUUGAAAUUAAGUUUAGGAUGACGAAGCGCCUUUGUGAAGUGGUCGCUGCGUUGCAUCGCAAUCGCACCGAUGACCGUGUUUUGCAAGACUGCUGUCGUACUCACUUCAAAGACGAUCAGAUAUCCAUACAAAUUGAUUUUCCCGAAGAGGGUCAAUACGGUCUGGACAUCUACACCCGACAGGACGAUCAGCUUGUUAAUGGUCGUCAAUUACUAACCCAUUGUUGCAAGUAUCUUAUUCAUUCUAGAAAUUGUUAA